CUCAACUAAACUUCUUUUACUGUCGGUCUACUCAUAAUAAAAAAAACUAAAUUUUAUGAAAAAAAAAACUGUUGAACCAAUUCAACUCUAUCUAAAAGAGGGUUAUCACACUUAUCAUGGGCCAAGUUUUACCAAAGUUUUGGACUUUCUAUUAUUUUGGUUUAACGGAUUAUUUAUUAUUUAGUGUAUUUUUAUAUCACCCGAGGAAUUUCCUGCUUGUAUUUUUGGCUUAAAUGCGCUUUCAUUCUCUCCACCUGUUCCUCUUUCUCUGUCCAUGACUAUCGGCAUGGCUAUGGCUGCUAGUUACUUGGGUGUUACAAACACACAAUAUUUGAAGUCACAUCUAAAUAAUAAGAUCAACUCUUUUAUUCCAUCCUUUCCAUCUGUUGUAUGGGCAGGAAGUAGGCCAAAGUCAUGGAGACAUUUUUGUGUAACAAUGUCACAGAAAGCGCAUAGAAACUUACUUAUUUCCCAUGCUCAAUCAUCACUGGUCACUGAAAGUGAAUCAGCUGCUUCAAAAUCAGAAGUGGAAGAAGAGCAAAGGACCAUUGCUAGUCCUGUUAGCCAGCUUAUUCCAAAUUCAGAUGAGGUGAAAUUACUUAUAGAAGAAAUAUGCGAUACAACGUCAAUUGCUGAAUUUGAACUGAAACUUAAUGGCUUUCACCUCCAUGUGACAAGGGCUUUGCCUGAGGUUGUUGCACCACCGACUUUAUCUCCUCCCAGUUUUGUUUCAAUGAGUACAAACACAAUAGAUGAAGCCUCGUCUUUGAAUGGGCCAUUGUCACCAUCCUCACUAGCCAUUACUAAGGUGGGGCCACUAGACAUAACUUCCGACACUUUGCUAGAGAAAACUGCGGAAAAAGGAUUAGUAUUGAUUCAAUCGCCAAAGGUUGGGUUUUUACGGAGAUCUCGAACCAUAAAAGGGAAGCGUGCACCUCCAGCUUGCAAAGAGAAACAGGUAGUUAAGGAAGGGCAAGUAAUCUGUUACAUUGAACAGCUUGGUGGUGAAAUACCAGUUGAGUCUGAUGUAUCUGGCGAAAUCACAAAGAUCCUACUCGAGGAUGGCGAACCUGUGGGAUAUGGUGAUGCUAUAAUAGCCAUUCUCCCAUCAUUUCCCGGAAUAAAGAAGCUACCUGUUGAUUGAUAGCUUAUCUGCAUUCCAAUCUAUAUGGUGCAAAACUGGUGUACAGAAUACUCAUUACUGAAGGAGCAUUGAUGCUUCAGAAUCUAUGCUUUGCCUCCAACCAAUUUAUCGUGUCGUCGUAGGAUUUUCUACAAUAUUUCUUGCUCAUUUUGGUCAUGAUUACAUAUAUUUGUUCAUCCUUUCGGGCUUAGCCUACUGUAAUUAUAUUCCCAUUUUUUUGCUCGUAGAUGUUUUUUUGUGAAACCGUUAUAUAUGAUUAUCUAUCAUACUAAAUUUUCUCCGAUUUUAGUAAAUAAAAUGGUCAAAUAUUGCCAAGAAAA